AGAAAUUCAUUUUUAUAAUGUUUCUUUACAAUACUCCGAGGAUAAAAACUUCGUUUUAAAGAACUUGACAUUUCUUAUUCAUUCUGGAGAAAAGGUAAAACUUCUGCAAAUCAGAAGCGUAUUGCUAGUAAUUAUUGUGUGAAGUGGUUUCUAUUAUUUAUUAUUUGCAGAUUGGGAUUGUCGGGAGAACUGGAGCAGGAAAGAGUUCAAUAAUUGCUUCGUUAUUUCGCAUGACGGAGCCAACGGGGAAAAUCACCAUCGAUGGAAUCGACACUAAGGAAAUCGGUCUUCGGGAUCUACGUAGUAAAAUAUCCAUCAUUCCACAAGAUCCCAUGUUGUUUACCGGUCCUCUUCGAAGGAACAUCGAUCCUUUCGAUGAAUAUUCGGAAGAAACGCUGUGGAACGUGAUAGAAGAGGUACAGUUAAUAGAAGUUAUUAGUAAAUUACCUGGAGGAUUGGAUACACACUUAACGGAAGGAGGGAGAAAUUUCAGCGUGGGAGAAAGACAAUUAAUUUGUCUGGCCAGAACCAUUCUUCGCCGGAAUAAAAUUCUCGUCAUGGACGAAGCAACGUCCAAUAUCGAUAAAAG